UUAGCACCCAAUAAAAACGGCUUUGGCAAAAACUGGUCUGCCCUCUAUUCAUAAUUUCAUAGAAACCCCAUCUAGCGACACCCACACUGAAGCAGGAGUUCAGAACGAGUUCAGAUCAAGAAAUUACUUAUCUUCACUGUGAUGCUCAAAUGGAGCCUGACAGGCUAAACUCUCCAAACACAUCAGCAAUUAUGUUUGAAGUUCUGGGUCAUCAAUUGCAGUUUUCUCAGGAUCCCAAUUCGAAGCAUUUAGGAACUACGGUUUGGGAUGCAUCAAUGGUAUUUGUGAAAUUUCUGGAGAGGAAUUGCAGAAAGGGAAGGUUUAGCCCAUCUAAAUUGAAAGGAAAACGUGUUAUUGAACUUGGAGCAGGUUGUGGAGUAGCUGGAUUUGGCAUGGCAUUGCUAGGAUGUGAUGUAGUUUCAACAGAUCAAACUGAAGUCUUGCCAUUACUAAUGAGAAAUGUUGAACGUAAUACUUCAAGGAUCAUGCAGAUGAAUCCUGGUUCAGAUUCAUUUGGUUCUGUUGAGGUAGCAGAGCUGGACUGGGGAAAUGAAGAUCAUAUAAAGGCAGUUAAUCCACCAUUUGAUUUCAUUAUUGGCACUGAUGUUGUUUAUGCAGAGCAUCUCUUGGACCCACUAUUGAGGACAAUAUUUGCUUUAUCGGGACCAAAAACCACAAUUUUGCUGGGAUAUGAGAUCCGUUCAACUAAUGUCCAUGAACAAAUGCUUGACAUGUGGAAGCAAAAUUUUGAGGUGAAAAUUAUUCCUAAAGCAAAGAUGGACAGGAAGUACCAACAUCCGAGCAUCCAGCUUUUCAUUAUGGGAUUAAAACCCUCAGCAGAGACUCCAGAGACUUCAUCCCCCCCAAUCAAUUGGGAAACAAAUGAGAUUGGAACAAGAGAAACUGAAAAUAGUCAGGAUAAGAAUGGUGAUAGUAGCAAUGAAACCAUUGAAUCAGUUGAUUUUGUCAGUGACAAGGUGAAGGAAGAUGGCAUACUGCUGAGAGGACUUCAGAAUGGGAAGCUAAAUGAGUGGGAAGCAAGGAGAUAUGGCUCUAUGGCUGCUCGUCUUCUUCGAGAUGUCAAGAUAACUUAAAUCAUUCAGUUUUAGCAUCUGUAAUUUAGGUUCCUAUCAUGGUUGUAUUCAUUCUUUGGUGCUAAAUUCACUUGCCAAUGUGCAGAAGCUACUACUUUUUCUUUCUUAGGUGUCAAGAUGCAGAAGCACCUAAACCUAAAGAUCAAACAUGAUUUACAAUACAAAAUCAGAAACCAUUGUCAGUAA